AUGGACAACCCAAUAAAUGAAAAGCGCGAUGACCUCGAAAGCAUGGCAAGCACUAAAUUCGUCGAGGACAGUCCUUACAGCGGAGCAGUGUCAAUUGAAGAUGCCGCCGAACAAGAGCUAGAGUCCAAGCUUCGCUGGAAGAUGGACUGGCACAUUGUGCCUCUUACCAGCGUAAUCUUCUUAUUUUCCUUUAUUGAUCGUGCAAAUAUUGGAAAUGCCAGAAUCGCCGGCCUCGAAAGAACCCUCAACAUGGGCGGAUACCAAUUCAACAUUGCGCUCUCCGUCUUUUACAUCUCGUACAUCCUCUUCGAGAUCCCCAGCAACAUGCUCUGCAAAUGGAUGGGACCAGGACGCUUCAUCCCGAUCGCGACCCUCUGCUUCGGCAUACUGACCAUGUGCACCGGCCUGGUCCCCAACUUCUCAGCGCUCUGCGGUGUCCGCUUCCUGCUCGGCAUCUUCGAGGCCGGCAUCAUGCCGGGGCUCGUGUACUACCUGUCUCGAUGGUACCGCCAGAGCGAGAUGACGUUCCGAAUCUCGCUCUUUAUCGUGUCCGGGUCGCUGGCCGGCGCUUUCGGCGGCCUUUUGGCAUCGGCGAUUUUAAAAAUUCCCCAUCUUGGCAGUCUUCACUCUUGGAGGAUGAUAUUUGUCCUUGAGGGCAUCGCCACUUGCCUUUUGGGAAUCGGUAGCUGGUUCGUCAUGCCCAAUGAUCCACAGACAGCCAAGUGGCUGUCUGCGGAAGAGAGAGCGCUUGCACUUCGCCGUCUGCGCAGCGAGCGUGUCAACGCCGAUGAGCUCGUCGACAAGUUCAACUGGACCAAGCUGCGCCGCGGCAUCAUCAACCCCGUCGUGCUGCCAACGGCCUGGAUUUUCCUGCUCAACAGCGUCAUUGUACAAGGCGCGUCAUUUUUCCUCCCGACGCUGGUGGCGACCAUUUUCCCAACGCAGAGUGUUACGGCAAAGCAGCUCUUGACGGUGCCGCCAUAUGUGCUCGGCGCUAUUAGCUGCGUUGUCACGAGCUACGCGAGCUGGCGCAUGAACAAAAGAGGCAUCUUCCUGAUCCUCUGCGCCGUCAUCCCGACCAUAGGCUAUGCGUUGUUCAUUGCAACACCCAACCCGAGCAUUCGAUAUGGGGCAAUCUUCCUGCCCUUUGUCGGCAUUUACACAUAUGGCGCUCUGACAAACUCACAUGCGGCCGCCAACGUCGCCUCUGACACUGCGAGAUCCUCCGCUAUUGCAACAAACGUCAUGCUUGGCAAUGUCGGUGGAUUGGCAGCGUCAUGGGCUUUUGUGCCCUCUGAUGCCCCCUUGUACAAUAUCGGCACCGGCCUCAAUUUGGCUGCCAUGGCGUCAAUCAUCAUCACUGCGACAAUGCUAUAUCUAUGGGUCUUGAGGGACAACAAGCGUCGCGAGCAGCUCGACCCGGCCACGGAAAUUGGCCAUCUAUCUGCCUCGGAAAUUCAGAAUCUGGAUUGGAAACACCCCGAAUUUCGAUGGCGGCAGUAG